GUUGGUGGCUAAUGUAACAGUUUGCAAACCGAGGGUAGUUGUGAAGGGCGCGGGCUGGGGGACACGCUGCUGGUCUCGUGGGUCCGUCUGACGCUGCGUUUGUCCCAGAACUGGGGCCACAGGAGCGGAGGCUAGAGUUCCUCUCCAGGCCCGGCCUGGCUUUCUGCGCUGGCCAGGGAGCUCCAGGUCUGGGGAGGUGGUUGGACCCUGGGCGAGCCAGGCCGCACCCCAGGUGUCUGACAGCAGGACCAGUGCUAAGGGGCACAAUGACAGUCACUGUCAGGAGGCAGAGGCCAAGGAGGCUAGCCUGUUGGGCAUUGAUGGCUGUGCUCUUGGCAGACCUGUUGGCACUAAGUGACAUGCUGGCAGUGAUGUCUGUGGACCUGGGCAGUGAGUCCAUGAAAGUGGCCAUCGUCAAACCUGGAGUGCCCAUGGAAAUUGUCUUGAACAAGGAAUCCCGGAGGAAAACUCCAGUGAUUGUGACCCUGAAAGAAAAUGAAAGAUUCUUUGGAGACAGUGCAGCAAGCAUGGCCAUCAAGAGUCCAAAGGCUACACUGCGUUACUUUCAGCAUCUCCUGGGGAAGCAGGAGGACAACCCCCAUGUGGCCCUUUACAGAGCCCGUUUCCCAGAGCAUGAGUUAGGCUUCGACCCAGAGAGACAGACUGUGUACUUCCAAAUUAGCCCGCAGCUGCAGUUCUCACCUGAAGAAGUACUGGGUAUGGUUCUCAAUUACUCCCGUUCCCUGGCUGAAGAUUUUGCAGAACAGCCCAUCAAGGAUGCGGUGAUCACUGUGCCAGCCUUCUUCAAUCAGGCUGAGCGCAGAGCUGUGCUGCAAGCUGCUCGCAUGGCUGGCCUCAAAGUGCUGCAGCUCAUCAAUGACAACACUGCCACUGCCCUCAGCUAUGGUGUCUUCCGCCGGAAAGAUAUCAACACCACUGCUCAGAAUAUCAUGUUCUAUGACAUGGGCUCAGGCAGCACUGUGUGCACCAUCGUGACCUACCAGACAGUGAAGACUAAGGAAGCGGGGAUGCAGCCACAGCUGCAAAUCCGGGGAGUGGGGUUUGACCGUACCCUUGGGGGCCUGGAAAUGGAGCUUCGGCUGCGUGAGCACCUGGCUGGGCUUUUCAACGAGCAGCGCAAGGGUCAGAGAGUGAAGGACGUGCGAGAGAACCCCCGCGCCAUGGCCAAGCUGCUACGUGAGGCCAAUCGACUCAAAACUGUCCUGAGUGCCAAUGCUGACCACAUGGCACAGAUCGAGGGCCUCAUGGAUGACGUGGACUUCAAGGCAAAAGUGACUCGAGUGGAGUUCGAAGAGUUGUGUGCUGACUUAUUUGAGCGGGUGCCUAGGCCUGUGCAGCAGGCCCUCCAGAGUGCUGAAAUGAACUUGGAUGAGAUUGAGCAGGUGAUCCUGGUGGGGGGUGCCACUCGGGUCCCCAAAGUUCAGGAGGCUCUGCUGAAGGCUGUGGGCAAGGAGGAGCUGGGGAAGAACAUCAAUGCAGAUGAAGCAGCUGCUAUGGGGGCUGUGUACCAGGCAGCUGCGCUCAGCAAAGCCUUCAAGGUGAAGCCAUUUGUAGUUCGAGAUGCGGUCAUCUAUCCCAUCCUGGUGGAGUUCACAAGGGAGGUGGAGGAGGAACCUGGGGUUCACAGCCUGAAGCACAAUAAGCGUGUUCUCUUCUCCCGGAUGGGGCCCUACCCUCAACGCAAAGUCAUCACUUUUAACCGCUAUAGCCAUGAUUUCAACUUCCACGUCAACUAUGGUGACCUGGGCUUCCUGGGGCCCAAGGAUCUUCGGGUAUUUGGCUCCCAGAAUCUGACCAUGGUAAAGCUAAAAGGUGUGGGUGAGAGCUUCAAGAAGUAUCCCGACUACGAGUCCAAGGGCAUCAAGGCUCACUUCAACCUGGAUGAGAGUGGUGUGCUCAGCCUAGACAGGGUGGAGUCUGUGUUUGAGACUCUGGUGGAGGACAGCCCAGAAGAAGAAUCGACUCUGACCAAACUUGGCAACACCAUCUCCAGCUUGUUUGGAGGUGGCACCACACCAGACACCAAAGAGAAUGGUACCGAUACAAUCCAGGAGGAAGAGGAAAACCCUGCUGAGGGGAGCAAGGAUGAGCCUGGAGAGCAAGUGGAGCUCAAGGAGGAAACUGAGGCCCCAGUGGAGGACACCUCUCAGCCCUCACCCCCUGAGCCUAAGGGGGAUGCAGCCCCUGAUGGAGAAAAAGCCACAGACAAAGAAAAUGGAGGAAAGUCUGAGGCCCAGAAACCAAAUGAGAAGGGGGAGGCAGGGUCUGAGGGUGUCCCUCCAGCCCCGGAGGAAGAAAAGAAACAGAAGCCUGCCCGGAAGCAGAGAAUGAUAGAGGAGGUCGGGGUAGAACUGGUUGUUCUCGACCUGCCUGACUUGUCUGAGGAUGAACUGGCCCAAUCAGCACAGAAACUUCAGGACUUGACAGUCCGAGACCUAGAGAAACAGGAACGGGAGAAAGCUGCCAACAGCUUGGAAGCUUUCAUCUUUGAGACCCAGGACAAGCUGUACCAGCCUGAAUACCAGGAAGUAUCCACUGAGGAACAGCGUGAAGAGAUCUCUGGGAGACUCAGCACUGCUUCCACCUGGCUGGAGGAUGAGGGCUUUGGGGCUACCACAGUGAUGUUGAAGGAGAAGCUGGCCGAGCUGAGGAAGCUGUGCCAAGGGUUGUUUUUUCGGGUGGAAGAACGUAAAAAGUGGCCUGAACGGCUGUCUGCCCUCGACAAUCUCCUCAACCAUUCCAGCAUGUUUCUCAAGGGGGCCCGGCUUAUCCCAGAGAUGGACCAGAUCUUCACUGAGGUGGAGAUGACAACGUUAGAGAAAGUCAUCAAUGAGACCUGGGCCUGGAAGAAUGCAACAAUGGCCGAGCAGGCCAAGCUUUCUGCCACAGAGAAACCUGUGUUACUCUCAAAAGACAUCGAGGCCAAGAUGAUGGCCUUGGACCGUGAGGUGCAGUAUCUGCUCAAUAAGGCCAAGUUUACUAAGCCGCGGCCCCGGCCCAAGGACAAGAAUGGGACCCGGGCAGAACCUCCACUCAAUGCCAGUGAGCAGGGAGAGAAGGUCAUCCGUCCACCAGGCCAUACUGAAGAUGCAAAGCCCACUUCAGAACCUGAGAAAGAGACUCGAUCUGAACCAGCAGACACUGAACCUCUGGAGUUAGAAGGUCCUGGAGCAGAAUCUGAACAGAAGGAACAGCCAACAGAACAGAAGCGAACUUUGAAGAAUGAUGAACUAUAACCCCCGCCUUCCAGCUUCCCAUUCAUCCCCAUCCCCUUCUCUACCACCUCUAUUUAUUAAACAUUGAGGGUUGGGGGAGGGGUUGGUCCAGCCCUCAGAGGUUUAAGUUCCUUUUCUCUCACCUGUGAUUGAAGGUGUGGAGAAGGGGAAGGAAGGGACAGCUCACCAGUUCCUUCCAGAGUAGUUCUGUGGUUAAAACUGAAAUUGUUCUAUUCUUCAAUCCCCCCUCUGGUUCCCUACCUAUCCAGGCCCUAAUUUGGGAAAAAUCACUAUUAUGUCUUAAUUCUUUGCCUGUGGGUAGGUGAGAGAAUAGCUGUCAGUGGUUGGCAGACCUGAUAGUGGAAAGGAUGUCCUGGGUUAUUAGAGUCUCCAGUCUUUUCUGGUCAUCUUCCUUUCUUUUCUCUUCUACCACAAAAUUAGUGUCACAUGGAGCCAGUGUCUACAGAGCCUUGGUUACCAGGUUUGGUUUCUGAGUGCCUAUCCAUGUUCUUUUCUCCUCUAAGUUCUUCUCUUUUCCUAAAAAGCUCUCUCUCCCCAUUGACUCCUCUUCCUAUGGGUUUCCUUGAUUUCUUAUUGCAAGAAGGCAGCCUCUUGCCCAGAGCCCUUCCAUCUAGACUGGCUGAAGUAAAUAUGGGUGGAUUCCCACCCACAUGUACAACCCGUAGUGGCUGGAGUAGACAGGGAGAAAGUGAACAAGGGAAUCCAGCCACCUUUCCAGGGAGUAAGCCAUGUGAAAACCCUGUAGCUCUCACUUGUGGACUCUUCGGCCCAGGAAUUCCAUGUGGAGUGGCUGGCAUGGGAUGCCAGCAUCCUGUAAGCCUUCUCAAAAUCUGCAUCUUCCCAGUAGCCUGAUAUUCCAUGUCCCUUCAGCUGUCUACCCCACUUUCUCUCCUGCUGUUCUGCCUUCCCAGACAUAGCCUUUCCCUCACCCCCUGGCCCCUUAGGCUGACCAAAAUGUGCUUUCUACUGUGAGCCCCUAGCCUAAGACCCUGGGGGAAGGAAAGAACAUGGUAUGAAUGUAAAAAACGCCACCUAGCUCUCUGAGGCCUUGUGGGUAAAGGAAGAGGCUGGCUUUCUAUGCAUUGCUCUGCUAAGAUGGGGCCCUUUUACCCACUAUGCUGAUGUUGGGGAGUGUCCUCCAGUACGUGUCUGUAGCAGGAGCCAGGGCAGGGCAAGGAGGAACCUGGUUAUGUCCAUCUUUUAUUCCCUUUCCCCACCUUUUUUUUUUUUUUUUUUUUUUUUGCCAUAUUGGCAGAAAUGAGACCUAAGGGACCCACCCUGUCCUGUAUGUAUUAGAAUUUCUUUCAUUAGCAGUUGAGGCUGGUUGGACAAAUUUGAGUCAAAUUGUACUUUGUUCCAUGGUUAACUGAAAAACUUUCAAUAAAAUAUUAUUUUCUACAGUU